GAUCUCUGCUGCCGCAUCGACCCGAUGGGUGUGAUGCUCUUCGGUAGUCUGGGACUCGCUGUCACUGGGUUCCUGGUUUUCGCCGCAAUUAGCUCGGCCAGCCAGAACUUGCUGCUGAUUUCGACCUUAGUCCUCGGCCUGGCAUAUGGCACCAUGGUCGGCUUGACGGGCUCGCACAUGUACAUUUUCGUCGCGGACCUCUUCCCGACUUCCUUGCGGGCCUUAGGAUUCGGUCUCAGCUUCAACCUGGCCUUUGCAAUCCUCGGAG